GAGGAGCAAGCGGGCGAGGCGCGGGCGAGGCUGGGACCCGAGCGCGCUCUCUGCUCCGCCAAGUGCCAACUUCGCGCGGACCGGCUGGGUGCGCACCUUCCCGCAGGGCAGUCCGCGGGAAUUUGAGAUUUUUAGGGAAGAAAGUCGGCUUCGCCCUGUCCCCUUCCCCCGGGUUCAGAAUCCCCAUUAAAAAGCAAAACAACAGUUACAACAAACUUGCUCUCAUCCCGCCGGGCCCCCACAACUCCCGGCACCAUGAAGGCGGCCGUCGAUCUCAAGCCGACUCUCACCAUCAUCAAGACAGAAAAAGUGGAUCUGGAGCUUUUCCCCUCCCCGGAUAUGGAAUGCGCAGAUGUCCCCCUGUUAACUCCAAGCAGCAAAGAAAUGAUGUCCCAAGCAUUGAAAGCUACUUUCAGUGGCUUCACGAAAGAGCAGCAGCGACUGGGAAUCCCAAAAGACCCCCGGCAGUGGACAGAAACCCAUGUUCGAGAUUGGGUGAUGUGGGCUGUCAAUGAGUUCAGCCUGAAAGGUGUGGACUUCCAGAAGUUCUGUAUGGAUGGAGCGGCAUUGUGUGCCCUGGGUAAAGAGUGCUUCCUGGAGCUGGCUCCAGACUUUGUGGGGGACAUCCUGUGGGAGCAUCUAGAGAUCCUGCAGAAAGAGGAUGUGAAGCCAUAUCAGGUUAAUGGAGUCAACCCUACCUAUCCAGAAUCCCGUUAUACCUCGGAUUACUUCAUUAGCUAUGGUAUCGAGCAUGCUCAGUGUGUUCCUCCCUCAGAGUUCUCAGAGCCCAGCUUUAUCACAGAGUCCUAUCAGACGCUGCAUCCCAUCAGCUCAGAGGAACUCCUGUCCCUCAAGUAUGAGAACGACUACCCUUCUGUCAUUCUCCGGGACCCUCUCCAGACAGACACCUUGCAGACAGACUACUUUACCAUCAAGCAAGAAGUGUUAACUCCAGACAACAUGUGCAUGGGGAGGGCCAGUCGUGGUAAACUCGGGGGCCAGGACUCCUUUGAGAGCAUAGAGAGCUACGAGAGUUGUGACCGCCUCACCCAGUCCUGGGGCAGCCAGUCAUCUUUCAACAGCCUGCAGCGUGUCCCUUCCUAUGACAGCUUCGACUCCGAGGACUAUCCCGCUGCCCUGCCCAGCCACAAGCCCAAGGGCACCUUCAAGGACUAUGUGCGUGACCGUGCUGACCUCAACAAGGACAAGCCUGUCAUCCCUGCUGCUGCCCUGGCUGGCUACACAGGCAGCGGCCCGAUCCAGCUGUGGCAGUUUCUUCUGGAAUUACUCACUGAUAAGUCUUGCCAGUCUUUCAUCAGCUGGACAGGAGAUGGCUGGGAAUUCAAGCUUUCUGACCCCGAUGAGGUGGCCAGGAGAUGGGGAAAGAGGAAAAACAAACCUAAGAUGAAUUACGAGAAACUGAGCCGUGGCCUUCGCUACUACUACGACAAAAAUAUCAUCCACAAGACGGCGGGUAAGCGCUACGUGUACCGCUUCGUCUGUGACCUGCAGAGUCUGCUGGGAUACACUCCCGAGGAACUGCACGCCAUGCUGGAUGUGAAGCCAGAUGCUGACGAGUGAUGGACACAGAAGGGACUGGGGGAACCCUGCUGAGACAUUUCAGAAAACAACCGCGUUGGCUGGACUCUUAAUUUUUAGUUGUUAUUCUAUGUUUUAUUUUCCAGAACUCAUUUUCACAUUCAGGGGUGGGAGCUAAGGGAGCUGCAGCUGUAUUCCAUUGGCCAUUGGUGAGGCUGGAAAGAGAAAGUCAGGACCUCUGGGGUGGGUGGGGCAAGAAGCUCCUGAGCAGAUUUUUCAGGAGAGAGAAAAAGGUCUUCUUAGAAGUUUGAUGGACCUGGUUUGCAGGAGGAAGAGACUAAUGUGUCCAAUCAUUAAAACAAGUCUAAGAAAAAAAGUCCAUCUUCAGUUAUGGAUUUAAUAGCAGGAGGACUUGUCACAUCAUGAGUAAUGGGAUUGACUAAAGUCAAUACAUUUGGAGGGUGGGAUAAAAACAUUUUCUUCAGGGGAUUACUAAAAACAAGAAUUAUUAACCUUUCUACUUUUUGAAACAAAGAUGGACUUCAAUGGAGGGGGUCCAAAACUGUUUUUAUGUUAAAGUUUAUUUUAUUAAAUUUUGUGCCAGUAUUUUUUUUUCUUAAAAAAAAUGUCUUAAGCUCUAAGAUGGUCUCAGUAUUGCAGUAUUGUGAGUUUGUUCUUUUUUGGCGGCUGAGGAUUCUGUCACAGUGAAAGGCAACCAUUUAUAUAGACCCCAUCGGAAAAUCAAAGCUCUGUACUGAGAUCAGAGACCCCAGACUCACCUGACUUAGCUGAAGGAAAUGAAUGCUGAUUUGGGAGCAGGGGAACCGUGCAUGUGAAUUAUACCUGCAGUUUGUACAAAAUUUUCACGUCCCUUGUCAUUUAGAGGACUGUCAGGCUUUGGACUUAGUGUAGUUAAGGGGCAUUAAGUCUUUGCACUGAAUGUAUUUUGCAGCUCUGAUUGGGGACUGUUGUCAACAUAGGAACACUGUUAAAGUCUUGGAAAGGAAAUUGAAGGAGGAAGAUUAACCUGGUUUUUGAUUAAAUCUCUACCUGAAACAUAGAUGACUCAGAAUAAAAGCUGUUCAAAUGGGCAUUACCCGUCAGGUCUUAAGUAAGGCCCGAAUGCAUGCCAUUUCAAAUGAACACUCUACAGUUUCUCCUCUACGUCUUAUUUUCCUGGUAUCCCACAUUGUUACCCCCUCCCGCCCCCAACCUCAUUGGUCAGUAGAGUGGAAUGCAAUGCUUUCUGAUAGGUGAGUAAAAGUGUAAUUUCAGACAUCACGACAUGAAUCCAAGAGUACAGACUUGCUAGGUUCAGAAGCCAUGGAAAUUCAGAGAGUAUUUCAGUGGCACGUGACUUGGCCUCCUUUGGGAAGAGGCUUUCCUUUGAAGAGUGGGAGCUUGUCAGGUAGGACUUCAGGUGAGGCUGCAUGUAAAGGAAGUGGUAGAGAGUGCUGGAAGCUGGAGCUUGACCUGGUGCCU